AUGGAGACCAUCAAGAACGCCGCCAACUACGUCUCUGAGACCGUCCAGGGUGCCGGUGCCCAGGCCUCCAAGGAAGCCAACAAGGAGACCGCCAAGGACUCCAACGCCAGCAUCGGCACUCGUGCCAACGCUGCCGUCGACGCUCUCGGCGACAAGAAGGACGAGCACACUCACAAUGCCAAGGCCGAUGUCCACAAGGAGGCUGCCAAGCACUAA